GAAAAGUAAACAUCUAGUGAUAUAUUUUCAUCGUAUCUCUUCGGACCCCAAAUAAGGUGGGGGCUGUCAGAGGCUGAAAAUCUGACAUCAGAAAAUUUCCCCAGUACUUCAAAACGAUCCUUCAGCGGUAACCACCCAUAUAAUUCACAGCGGUACUCUACCCCCUUCUUCGUAGUAGCAAAUCAAUCAACUAAUUAUAAGCCAUGCAUCGGUUCUGUAACCGCCAUAAGGAAAUUAUUUGUACUGUUCGUGCCGGGUAGGUAUUUUUGACAUCAAUCCUUUACUUCAAGCAGUUAUCUAGAAUACAAAUAGCUAUUUCGUGUUUCCGCGUUAAACAGCCUGACUGUCUUUGACUUUUCUGCCUUCGAAAUUUUUGAUUUUGCAGCGACAAUCAAAGAAUACGAUCAAUUGAUUGCUGGUGAACUUUUUCCGAUUUUGCGUGACACAUCACAAUCGUUACUAAUGCUUCGAAUUAUUACUCUCGUUUUAAUUGGCUGGCUCGUAGGAUUGGUGGCGGGACAAUGCUAUAGUUAUGAGGGAGUUGAGAGGGAUCCGACAUAUAGGCCAUGUAAUGGUUCAGCACCCGUCAGUAUGUGCUGUCAUCUGGGAAACAGCGACAACGGAGGAGAUGAAUGUGGCUCUGGAUCUACGUACGGUCUUUGUGGUAUAAGUGGGACGCAGCUCUGGAGAGAAUCGUGUACGGAUAAGACAUGGCAGUCUCCGCAGUGUUUGCGAUUGUGUGUUGGAGCAAACGAUACUGAGGUCACGGCAUGUCCAAAUGGUAGUUUUUGCUGCGGGAAGAAUGCAGCCGAUUGUUGCAGCGCGAACGAAGGAAAAUUCAUAGUUAAUAACCAAGUCUCGGAUACAGCAGUGGGGGAUUCUUUGAGCUCUCAAACUUCCCAGACUACAGCUAUAUCUUCAACGCCAAUCAGCAUACAAUCUUCGAAGCUUAUGUCGUCCACCACUUCUGGGAUGCUAUCAGCUAUAGUCCAAACAAGCACCGUCCAGGCAUCAGUCUUAAUCUCAACAGUAUACCAACCCUUACCGUCAUCAACUCCGACGAUCUCUUCCUCAUAUACAGCCCAGUCUUUAUCAACAGGCGCAAAGGCCGGGAUAGGAGCAGGUGCUGGGGCCUUCAUUGUGCUAAUGACCUUAUUCGCAUUAUUAUUGUGGAAGCGAAAGCACCCCAGGAGCAGAUUGCCUGAACUUUCAGCUACAGAAACCAAGCCAGGUUCCUUCGACCCCAGAAGGAAACCGAGGCAUGUAGAUAUAGUGGAAGCAGAUAGUACAACACCAAAGGCAGUGGAAGUUCAUGGAUACGGACGGCGAAUUGAACCUACGGAGAUGCUGUGAACCUAGCUUCUGGAACGAAAGACCGUUCCUUGGGUGAGGAUGGUGUAGUUAAUCAGGUUUGUCCAUCAACGAGUUGAAAAUAGAUAUCGUCGAUUCUCAUCAUAUUAUAAUAGUAGGAAUAUCUAAUUCACAGAUAUUUCUGUCUGGCAAGAAGAGAAGUAGUAACGAUG